UGACUGUGUGGAAGUGCUUUUUUUAAGUUGGAUAUUCUGAUUUUACGUUUUUGCCGCUGGUCGGUCAGGAAAUUUAUUACCAAAAAUGACGCCGUCUUCGUUAUUGAAAUGCGCUGCAUUAGUGGUCAUGAUUAGCGAAGUGUGGGGCGGAAAUGAAAACACAACAAAACCCACAAUACAAUCCCGACAAUUUGAUGGUUUUAAUCAGUUUGGAAAUUCCGGAACGUUCAUGGAUCCUUGGGCUAGCCCACUGCCGGCAUAUCUUCGAAAUGCUCCAGUCAAUCCAUUAUCUCCGUCGCCAGCUCAAAUGCCGGGAAGUGUUGUCACUCCAAAGCCUGCUGUUCCUCCAAAGGUUAACUAUAAACUAUCUGUUAUGUGCGGAGCAGACGAGAUGAAGGUCAACAUGGAGUUUGAGAAGCCGUUCUCUGGGAUCGUUUACAGCAAAGGUUACUUUAACAAACCAAGUUGCAUUUACGUUACCGGCAAAGAGAACCAGCGGGUAUUCAAUUUUACCAUCGGGUACGACAGAUGCGGAUCCUUUACACGUCAGGCGCAAGCUCCAGUGAUAAUUCCAUCUCCGAAGUCUGCAGUAACCGACUGGACAACGCCCAUUCCAUCCACUACGGUACCGCCGACCUCAACAACUACCGACCAUACACCUAGAGAAGAGAAUGCGCGGAAACUGGGAAGCACGACGUUCGAUCGGGAAUUCGAAGAAUGGUUCGCUCGGAAGUAUGGAACGACAACCACCAUGGCUCCCACCACGACAACGCCCUAUUACGCCCCCAGUACAGUGCAGCCGGUAAAUGCCAUCGUGUACCCAGUGAACACCAUGACGAAUUCUGUUCCGAUGGCACAGCCAACCCCCAUGAUGCCGUAUGGGCAACCCGGAAUGGUCAUCCCGCAGAAUUUGCUGCCAUCAUCGCUAAGCGGUUACCGAUACCCAAUGCAAGUGCAGCAGCCUAUGAUGGGAAACAUGUACCCGCAGUAUCAGGGCUACGGCCAGACCAACCCCUAUUACGCCCGCAUGGGACGCUCCAUGGAGGAGGAUGUACCGGCAGAAGGCCUGCAAUGGGUGGAGAAUACUGUCAUCAUUCAGCAGGACCGCGAAGUGCAGGAUGUGCUAGAUGAGGCCAAGUCGUUGCAGUGUGAAUGGCGUAAUAGCUAUAACAAGAAGAGUGUUUCCAAUGGAUAUCGCGUGGACGUAGCCGAUGUCGUACGUGCUUCCUUUCCUGGAGACUCCGUUGGAGCGUACAUGCAGAUCCGUAACGGUUUAGGUCCGUUGACCCCUGAAACCAAGGGCGUCGUGAAGAUCGGUAAUCCCCUCACGUUGGUCAUAGCGUUAACGGAUUCCGGCAACAAGUUCGACCUGUUCGUGCACAGCUGCACGGCCAAAGGGGAAGGAAAAGCAGCGCCGAUGCAGCUGGUAGAUGCCAACGGAUGCGUGGUACGUGAGAAACACAUGGGACCGUUUGUACCCUUCUACGAUGCCAACUCCACGUUCGGAGCAAAUCGUGUGACCUUUGCAUACUUCCAAGCCUUCAAAUUUCCCGAUAGCGCGGAUGUGAAUAUCGACUGUGCCGUAACGAUUUGCCGUAACGCAUGCCCACGACAGUGUUUCGGGAAGUACAACGGGGACGCCGAAGCAUUGCUAAAGACAUGGCGAUCGGAGAAUGGCCGUUCGUUGAAUGCAGAGAAGAUCGUCCGGCCAGCAGGUGCAGAAUCGUCCCGGGAGCAGCGAAGAAUUCUCGAGGCACUAGAAAAGAGUUUGUCCGCAGCUAAUGGUCCGCAGAAGUUUGAGGUCAGCGUCAAUGCCAAAACACCUGUUGGAGAGUCGCCCACUCGAUUUCUGCAGCUCCGUGAACUUGAUGAUGAUACUCUGGUUAAUGCAACCACGCCCUCGUCCAACACCACCCGCUCCCAUGCAGCUAAGAGCAAGCGGGAAGCGGACGCGACGAUGAACUCCUCGGUGGUCGAUUUGCGGAAGAAAUUCAUGGUAAUGACUUCGAAAGAUAUGGAGCCGGUGGAAGGGGCCUCCAGUUUUGGUGGUCCGUCCAGUUUCCCCGAUAACUUGACACCCAGACUGAUUAUGCCGGCCCUCACCACCCAGUCUCCUCAUUUGCCCGUUUCUAUUCAUCCGACCGCUGCCACCAUGUUGAAUGGGACGGACGCGAUGACUGUCCUCCCGGCAACAACACCUACGACCACCACUUCCAUUCCGGCUGAAAAGAUCACCGCUUCCCCAUGGUUUUACGUUGUACCCAACGACGUGCAUCACGUGUGCGUGCCCAUGAUAGGGGUCAUUGUGGGCGGGGCACUGACGGUGCUGGUGUUGCUGGCUGUCCUGAUUGCAUCGUUUUGUCUGUGUUGCCGGGUGAGGAAACAGCAGCGGAAACUGAAGCAGAGCUUCAGUCCAAUGUAUUCGGAGCCGCGCUCCGUGGCUGUCAAGGGAUUUCCAAAUAAUUUAACUAUGCUGUGAUGCUUUUGUUAGUUUUAUUACAGAUUGUACAAAUUGUUUCUCAUUGCACGCUUGCAGAUGCGUUACGAAAUUUCUCAAUUUGUGAAUAAUAUUAGUAAAUUUUUAUUAUACGCAGUGCGGUGUUCUUUGUAUCAGGCCAAUGUUCGCUGCCGUAUUACAAGUUCUUUGCGAAUUUUCCUUUUGCUCUUAAGAAAACAGA